AUGGAGCACAGUGGGUUUGACCUCCAUGGUGGUGGUGGUGGUGGUGGUGGUGGUGGUGGUGGUGGUGGUGGCAGCGGCAUCAUCAUUAUGCUUGUGGCAGAGUUGCUGAGUGGUAAAAAUGAUCCAGAACAACUGUUGAGUUUAGAAGGAUUUGUAAAAUCUGUACCAUCAUCAGUGAUUUCCAGUCUUGAGAUUGGAGGUCUAAAGCAGGAAAUGCUGUUUAAUUUAAUAACUAAUAUUGUUACUGCAGCUCAUGUUCAGGAUGUGACUGAUCUUCCUGUGUCAACUCGGAUGCAAAUUUUGACAGUAUUACAGAAAAUAAGACCUUACUUGGCUGAGAGAAGCAUUCUGGAAAGCAUAUAUAAGAGUGGAAAUCCAGGUCAUUUUUUCAAAUUUAUAUCACCAAAGGAAUUAUUGGAGAUACAAAAGAAGCUGAGAGGCACCCUAUCAGAUGUUUCUUUUGAGCACUUUGCACAGGACUUCAGUGGACUGCCACAAAAUACACUUUCAGUUCUCCUGGGGAGCAUCAGAUCUAAGAUAUUAGAGAGAAAUGAUUCUUGGACAUUUAAUUCAUUAACUGAAUUAAAUCAGUUGAUCCUUGGAAUGACCUGCAAUGAUGUUGCUGUUAUUGAUACUCUUGAUAUACUUCAGGUACUUCAACUGUACAACAAAUAUGUCAGACUUGCAAGAAUGGAAUAUCCUAAGGACCUACAGUAUUGUUGGCUCAAAGUCCUGCCUGACUACUUUCUUAUGAAAGGCAAAGUUAGAGGUCAUAGUGCAACUGCUGAUUUUACUGAAGAGGUGGAAAUGGCAGAUAUCUAUGCUAUUGGAGGUUUUGUAUUGGGUGGUCUUUCCCCAAUGAUCAUUUCACAAGCACCAGACAGAUUCCAUAUACUUAAGGCCAUUGGUGAACUAUCUCCAAUGGAGCUGUUGCAGUCGAUGAAUAAUGAAAACCCAACAGAUCAUGCUGCACUAUUUGUUGAGAAACAUAACACCAAGACUGUGGAGCAGUAG